AUGGAUCAGCAUCCGAGUGCCGGACUGAAGAAUCGGAAAGGAAAAAAAAAAAACAGUAAUUAUGAGCGAUAGAGAUCACGACAUCGGGAAACGUUAUUAAAGAGAGCUGUAUCCUGGAUCUCAUUAAAUCCUGCGGCUACUAAAUCCUAAACCUUGAAUGCUCAUUAAUGGGGAAGCAAUGCGGAAAGAGGAUGUUUGGAUCACUCUGUCUGAAAGAGAGAGUACUCCGGAGAAGUUUAGACGCAUUUGAAACUGGACCGAAGAAUCCGAGUGUUCUUGGUUUCCAUGAGAAAUGGCUGGUACCAGAUGAUGGAAACACGAGAGCUCGAUAUGUGCGAGAAACCUAUGGAUGUCGCUGAUGGUUAUGAUAUGGGCUGAACAGUGGGUGGGUUUUAAAACCAGACGAUUAAGCUCGACGCUGGAUCAGAAUUCUUCGAUGGAGCCCUCACCGCCCGUGGGGGAGGAGUUGACCCCUGGAUCUCUCUCUCUCUCUCUCUCUCUCUCUCUCUCUCUCUCUAUAUAUAUAUAUAUAUAUAUCAUAUUCUCUCCAUUGACGUAAUUUGGGGGCAACGACAAUUCUAUACUCUGGGAUGAGGCGGGGAAACGCGAGAUAAUAUGGAGGUUUUUUCCGAAUUGUGAUUAUGGAGAUGGAGGGAAUGGGGAGAGCAUACUCGAUUCCUCUGAUCUCGUCGAAGAACUGGAGAUCGUAGGCAUCGGAGAGGCAGGAGAAGUGGACGAUCCCGCUGAGACGGUGGUCCUCUAUGUGAUUGAGGGCGAUGUUCCUCUGGUGGUGGAUCUCCGCUUGCGGAUCGGAAAAUGUCUCACCGAAAACUAGAUGUCGGUACAUGACUCCCGUCGUCCUCAAGGUCCCCGCCGUCCGUGCCGCCUCACAAUGGGAUUCUACCACGAUCCAGAGCAGCGGCGGCGGCACCAGCCUCAGAGUGUUCGCCAAUCUCCUCAGGAACAGGUUCUGAAAAGGAUCCUUCGCUUUCGUCGUCGUUACGACGAUCAGAAGCCUCCGAGGCGUCAGCUCCGGGAUCGCUUCUUCCUCCACUGCAGCGAUCGCGGCGGAUGUAGCCGGCUUCUCUUCGGAGGAGACUGGAAAUGGCUUCGCGAGAGUGGUUGCAUUCACUCUCCCCGGAGGGAGGUUCUUCUCCACGGUGUGGAAUUCAUCCAGCGCUCCCCGUCGAUCGGCGACGAAGGUCCUGCCAUCGGCUACCUGGUCGGAGGAAGGUUUCCCUGGUGGCACGAUGCCGACGAAGAAUCCCACGGCGAAGCAAAGCGAGAAGUGGAAGACGCUCUUCUUCCAUAUCUCAUUCCUCUUCAACCCGUAGACUGUUCCCAUCUCUCUCUCUCUCUCUCUCUCUCUCCCUCUAUCGCUCUAUCUGUGUUGCUAGAGAGACAGAAGAGAUCAGUGGAGGGAGAAGGGUGGCAAGAGUGGGAGAAGCAGUUUUUAUUAUACUGCGACGAGGUGAGAGGUUGA